AAGUUACAUUAGUUUUAGGGGGUCGUGGCAGGCAUAUGCCAGUCUAGAUUCUUCGUUGAUUCAACCAAGUCCACGUUUUUAAUACGCCACUCCAAUCACUACCUGCUACAACUAUUGUUUCCCCCUAAUUUAUUUUAGGGUUUUUCACUCGUUUCCGAUCAAAUUCCAACUGUCUUCCUUCACAAUUUCAGGUGAUGUUUCUUUAAUCUACUCUCUGUUCCACAUCAAACUGAUUACAUCAAUGCCCAUAUUCAGAUUUUAGCUGGAAAUUCACUACCCGGUUUGUCUAUCUUUUACCCUUUAUGUUCUUGAUCAAUAUUGUUAUCAUAAGUCCAAGAAUCAGUUGUUGUUUCUUGAGGAAACCAUCAAGUUCCAAUUUUUAUUCAUACCCACUUGAUUGAUCCCUCACCCAGUUCAUAUAAUUCUUAUUUCUCCCUAAAUUUGAUAGUUUUUUUUUUUUUUUAAUUUUUUAUUAAAGAUUCCGGUUUUAUAGUAGUAAUGUUGGGAAAUUCUGUAUGCAAUUUUUUUUGAUCUUUAAAAGGUUUUAUAGAUUCAACCCAUGAUCCUUUGUUAUAAAAGAGUGAUAUCACUGGUUGUUUUAGGGGUUUCCUUGAUUUGUUAAUAAAAAAAUGUCACUUGUUUGUGGUUGCCCUUGUCCAAUUCUUGAAUGUGUAUACUGUUUGGGAUGUGCGCGUUGGGCGUGGAAAAAAUGUCUUUACACGGCGGGACACGAAAGUGAGAAUUGGGGUUUUGCCACUGCGAGUGAAUUCGAACCGGUUCCGAGAAUUUGUAGAUAUAUUUUAGCUGUUUACGAGUUUGACAUUCGUAACCCUCUUUGGGCCCCGCCGGGAGGAUACGGAAUUGAUCCGGAUAUGGUGGUUUUGAAAAAAGAUUAUGACGAAAAUCAAGGGAAGGUGUCUCCUUACAUGAUAUACAUCGAUAAAGAUAAUAAAGAAAUAUUUUUGUUAAUCAGUGGGCUUAAUUUAGCGAAAGAAAGCGAUUAUUUGCUAUUACUUGAUGAUAAAUUAGGGCAGACGAAGUUUGAUGGCGGAUAUGUUCAUAACGGGUUACUGAAGGCGGCUCAAUGGGUGUUUGAGAAUGAAUGUGAGGUUUUGAAAGAGUUGGUUGAAAAGUAUGAGGAUUAUACUUUGACUUUUGCUGGUCAUUCGUUAGGGGCAGGGGUGGUCACUUUGUUGACCAUGUUGGUGGUCAAAAACCGGGAUAGGAUUGGGAAUAUUGAGAGGAAGAGGAUAAAAUGUUUUGCGAUUGCUCCGGCUAGGUGUGUGUCGCUAAAUUUGGCUGUGAGAUAUGCUGAUGUAAUCAAUUCCGUCGUUCUUCAGGAUGAUUUCAUGCCUCGAACAAGUGUAGCGUUGGAAGUACUCUUCAAGUCACUUUUUUGUUUCCCAUGCAUACUAUGUGGCACAUGCAUAAAGGAAACAUGCACACUACAGGAGCACAUGCUUCAAGAUCCAAGGCGCUUAUAUGCACCUGGCCGCCUUUAUCAUGUUAUUGUAAGGAAGCCAUUCGGAGUUGGGAGAAUUUCUCCUGUCGUGAAAACAGCGGUACCUGUAGACGGGAGAUUUGAGCACAUGGUUCUCUCAUGUCAUGUUCUUAGCGAUCAUUCUAUUGCUCUCAUGGAACGUGAGUUUACAAAUGCACUCGAUACAUUGAAGGAGAAAGAUCGAGUGAUGGAUAUCCCACCACAACAGAGAAUGGAAAGAAGUUCAUCAAUAGCCGUUGAGCAUUCAGAGGAACACAAAGCAGCAUUAGCAAAGGCUGCUGCACUCGAAGUUCCGGAAGCUUACUCGCCCAGCGAAUAUGGAACCUUCCGGAAUGUUCCAGAAGACACUCCUCCGAUCGGGUCAUCAAGAAGGAGAGAAAACUGGGAUGAGUUAGCGGGUCGGCUUUUUGAGACUGAUGAAUCGGGUCAAAUGGUGUUGAAGACCAAUUGGUAUUGAAAAGUAAACAGAAACACUUUUUUGGAAGAAUAUGUUAUCUGCAGUCACCAUUCUUUUGAUUCAUGCAUUUGUAUAGUUUCUUAGUUAUAGCUUGGUUGGUGCUUGUUAGAUGGUCCACUGGCUCAUUUUCAACAUUGGUUCGUCCAUUUCAAGUAUAUUUAAUUAAAAAAGUAGUUUUU